GAGAGUACUUGAACGUUCAUCCUCGUAUUCAUACCCACAACCUCGCCCCCUUGUUGCACGCUCCUACCCUUCUACCCUCUCUCAAAAACAUCUUGGCUGUUCAUUCUAGCUAAGACUACCCCCUCCUAUCCCUCUUACAAAACCUACCCAAAAAACAAUCCAAAAAGAUGGCUACCAAGUCUGCCGUUUUGGGUUUCCCCAGGAUCGGACCCAACCGUGAGGUCAAGAAGGCUGUCGAGUCUUACUGGGCUUUCAAGACCUCGGCCGAGGAUCUCGAGGCUGCCGUCAAGCAGGUCAGGAAGCAGAGGUGGCAGUCGAUCGCCGACAAGGGUGUCGACUCGAUCCCUUCCGGUGACUUCACCUUGUACGACCACUUCCUCGAUGCCGCCAACGUCGUCAACGCUAUCCCCGAGAGGUACACCAAGUCGGGUCUCUCGGCUUUGGACAUUGCCUUCGCUAUGGGACGAGGUCGUCAACAGCUCGACAAGGGCAUCGACCUUCACGCCAUGGAGAUGAAGAAGUGGUUCGACUCAAACUACCACUUUGUUGUCCCCGAGAUCUCGCCCUCGACCCAGUUCAAGUUGAACAAGAACAAGUACCUCGACGAGUACAACGAGGCCAAGGAGUUGGGCAUCACCACCCGACCCGUCGUCAUCGGACCCAUCACCUUCUUGGCCCUCUCCAAGGCCGCUCGUGACGCCCCUGCCGGAUACGAGCCCCUGUCCGCCCUCGACUCGCUCCUCCCCGUCUACGUCGAGUUGUUGCAACAGCUCAAGGACGCUGGUGUCGAGCACGUCCAGAUCGACGAGCCCGUCCUCGUCCAGGACAAGGGAGAGUCGCUCGGUGCCGAGUUUGCCAAGGUCUACAAGAAGUUGUCCGAGGUCUCGCCCAAGAUCACCUUGACCACCUACUUCGGCCGAUUGGGCAAGUCGCUCGACUUUGUCAAGGACCUCCCCGUCUACGCCGUCCACAUCGACCUCGACAGGGCUGCCCAGCAGUUCGACGAGGUUGUCGCCGCCGUCAAGCCUACCAAGUUGGUCUUGUCUUUGGGUCUCGUCUCGGGUCGAUCGAUCUGGAAGAACGACCUCAAGGCCAGCAAGGAGAAGGCCGAGAAGGCCAUCGCCGAGUUGGGUCAGGACCGAGUCGUCGUCUCGACCUCGUCCUCGCUCUUGCACACUCCCGUCACCUUGACCUCGGAGACCCGAUUGACCGACGAGCAGAUGUCGUGGUUGUCUUUCGCCCUCGAGAAGUGUGACGAGGUCGCCGUUCUCGCCAAGGCCUUGAACGGAAACACCACCGAGGCCUUCGAGAAGAACACGAAGGACAUUGCCGCCCGACGAGAGUUCGAGCGAAACUCGGACUCGGCCGUCCGGGACCGUCUCGCUGCCAUCACCGAGAAGGACCUCAAGCGAUCCGAGGAGUUCCCCGCCCGACGAGCUGCUCAGGUCGAGUACCUCGGCUUGCCCAAGUUCCCCACCACCACCAUCGGUUCUUUCCCCCAGACCAAGGAGAUCCGUGUCGCCCGUGCCAAGUUCAACAAGGGCGAGCUCUCCAAGGAGGACUACGAGAAGGCCAUGGAGCAGGAGGUCGAGACCGUCGUCCGAUUCCAGGAGAAGUGUGGUCUUGACUUGCUCGUCCACGGUGAACCCGAGAGGAACGACAUGGUCCAGUACUUCGGUGAACAGUUGAACGGAUUCAUCUUCACCCAGUUGGGUUGGGUCCAGUCGUACGGAUCCCGAUACGUCAGGCCCCCUAUCAUCGUCUCGGACGUCAGCCGAUCGGGACCCAUGACCGUCCGAUGGUCCAAGUACGCCGACUCGCUCACCAAGAGCCCCAUGAAGGGGAUGUUGACCGGACCCGUCACCAUCUUGAACUGGUCGUUCCCCCGAGCCGAUGCCUCGCGAGAGGUUCAGUGCAAGCAGCUCGCCCUCGCUUUGAGGGACGAGGUCGCCGAUUUGGAGGCUGCCGGUAUCAAGGCCAUCCAGGUCGACGAGCCCGCUAUCCGAGAGGGUCUGCCCCUCCGAAAGGCCGACUGGGACAACUACCUCGAGUGGGCCGUUGCUUCUUUCAGGCUUUCUACCGCCGUCGCCGAGUCCAAGACCCAGAUCCACUCCCACUUCUGUUACUCUGACUUCAACGACAUCUUCGCCCACAUCAAGGCCCUCGACACCGACGUCAUCUCGAUCGAGGCCUCCAAGGCCGACAUGAAGUUGAUCCAGACCUUCAAGAACGAGGGAUACAACUCUGGUAUCGGACCCGGUCUUUACGACAUUCACUCUCCCCGAGUACCCUCCGAGGAGGAGAUGAAGGAGAAGGUCAAGACCAUGUUGGAGAUCCUCGACGCCAACAACUUCUUCAUCAACCCCGACUGUGGUCUCAAGACCCGAGGUUGGACCGAGACCGAGCAAUCGCUCAACAACCUGGUCGGUACCGCCAAGUGGGCCCGUGCCACUUACGCCUAAGCCCCUCAUAUUACAUCCGGAAUGCGUUCAACGGCAUUGCCAACACCAAAACGACCUCUUAUGACGAACCGCGACGAUUGCCGCUCUGUCGGCGGGCUCUGAGCCCACUUGUAUCAUGUUUUAGUUAGAACUUUCGGGUCGUAUACAAUCGUUCAACAACGA